UGUUUCUUAAGAGAGUUAUUUUUCCAAAUUUCAAGAAAUGUGGCACUGCUGGUGUUAUUGCAUUUGUUUAAGAACGUGGUAAAAAAGAACCGACUUUGUUUGGAACCCUUCAAUAAAUUAAAUUUUAAAUAAAACAGUGUAAAUAUGAGGCUCAGUACCUACAACUUUUUGACUUCCAAGGCCAUCAAAGGCGUUAAAGUUGGAUUUCCGCUAAAAUUGACCAUAGCUAAAAAGGACGUUGUUGAAAGCGAAUUUAAUGCGACAUUUAUAGAGCGACUGUUACCAAGAUUGGACUGGCCGGCGAUACGUUUAGCAGCUGAAAUAGCUGACCUGGCCGAUGAUAUACCCUCCGAACAACCCGCAAAUAUCGCUGAAAAUGAAGAACUAUUAAAGAAACUGCACCACUUGCUGCUGGAAAUAGAUGUUCUAGAAGGUCAGCUAGAAUGUCCUGAAACAGGUCGUGUUUUCCCUAUUACAGAUGGAAUACCAAAUAUGUUACUGAACGAAGAUGAAGUUUAGAAAUGUUAAUUAUUCUUGUAAAUAUUAAGUUACUUUUAAUAUAUUAAUAAAUUAAAAAGAUGAGCAAUGUGCCAUUAGCAGUUUCCUUUAUGAACAUAUGUUACUAUUUUGAAAAACUUAGCAACAAUAUCAACCUUUAGAUUUAUUUCAGACAAUUAGCUGUACAAUCAUGUUUCUCUGUGGUCAGAUUAAUAAAAGUUUCGAGGACAUAACUGAACUGAGCAAAGUUAUUAGGUGCGCCUCUUUUCCAAAA